AUGCUCGCCGGACUCGUCCUCUUCCCACUCCUCGCCCUGGCCUCGCCAGCGAUUGUCAAGCGUGACGAUGCCUCCAUCAACCAGGCCAUCGGCUACAUCAACGGCAACAUCACCAAGGUCAACAACACCCUCAACACCUUCACCAAGCCAAAGGACUCCAUCACCGCCCUGAUCAUCAAGGCCGAGUCCGACGACCUGACCAAGUCCGUCAACAACGCCGCCGCCGUCGCCAACGCCUCCGCCCCCUUGAACGACGACCAGUCCUUCAACGUCGCCACUGCCAUCCUGAACCUCCAGCCAAACAUCUACUCCCUCCUCGACAACCUCAAGGCCCACAAGCCCCAAUUCGACACCGCCAUCUUCGGCUUCUCCGCCUCGCCCCUCGUCAAGAGCACCCUCCAGGAGGCCCAGACGGCCGCCGACUCCUUCGGCGAUGCUGUGACCCCCAAGUUGACCGCCACCUACCAGAGCGCUGCGCCGGUCAUUGUUCAGCAGAUCGACGACAAGUUUAACGAUGCCAUUGCGUACUUCUCUUCUUAG